AUGUGGUUCUGCUGACUUCAUUGGCCCGUGACCUUCUGCAAACACUGGGGUGAUUUGCAUCUGAGAUGAGAGUCAGCACCUCCAAGUCUGAGGCCAUGGUACUCUAUCGGAAAAUGGUGGAUUGCCACCUUUGGUUUGGGAAUGAGUUUUUGCCUCAAGAUUGUGAGAUCAAUAGGUGGUUUGGUGAAACAUCAGCUGUGUUAUGGGCAUUGUACUGGACUGUCAUGACGAAGAGGGAGUGUGAAGACAGUAUGAAUAUGAAAGUUCUCGAUUUAACAGUUAAUAUGGUUAUAUUGGCUUUUGGGUUGUGACAGAAAUAAUGACAUUAUGGAUACCAGAAUUACUUUCCUCUGCAGGUUGUCUAACAAAGGAAAAGAAACAAGAGUGGAGAAUAGCAGAGGGAGAGUGAUAGGGAGGAUUGGAGAGAAAGUGGUGAAGAUGAUGAUGGUGUGAUAUGAAGAACAAGAGAGGAGGAACGUCAGUAUCCAACAGAGACUGAGAGAGAGAGGAGAGGAGGGACAAACUGAAUGUCAGAAAGAGAUAAAUCACUUGUAUGAUAAAGAGUUUUGGUCAGAAUCUGCCAGAGCUGCAGCUUCUCCUUUCCUCCUCUCACUGUCUGAUGGAGGUUGGUGACGGAGCGGAGCUCUGCUUUCCACAACUCCUCAACACCUCCUGCAGGAAGCCGACACUUCCUUGGCAGCUCCACACACCCACCAACAUCCUCCUCCUCUCUCUGGCUGUCUCAGACUUUCUCGUGGGCCUCCUGCUGAUGCCGGGAGAAAUCUUCCGAAAAACAUCCUGCUGGUUUCUUGGUGACCUCGUGUGUUCCCUGUAUAAGUAUUUAGCAUUCAUCAUGACCUCUGCCUCAAUAGGAGACAUGGUGCUCAUAUCAGCAGACCGAUAUGUGGCUAUUUGUGACCCUCUGCAUUACCCCACAAGAAUCACUGUGACAAGAGUCAAACUCUGUGUUUUUCUGUGUUGGCUCUGUUCUGUUUUCUACAGCAGUCUCUGUUUAAAAGACAACUUGACUCAACCAGACAGGUAUAAUACCUGCUACGGAGAGUGUGUGAUUAACAUUGACUAUGUUGCAGGAGCUGUUGACCUUGUUUUAAACUUUAUUGUUCCCAUUACUGUCAUCAUAGUUCUGUAUAUGAGAGUAUUUGCUGUGGCUGUGUCUCAGGCUCGUGCCAUGCGCUCUCACAUUACAGCUGUCACACUCCAGCUUUCAGUGACUCCGAAGGCAAAGAAAUCUGAGCUGAAAGCAGCCAGGACUCUUGGUGUUCUUGUAUUUGUGUUUCUAAUAUGUUUCUGCCCAUAUUACUGUGUCUCUUUUGCAGGUGACAGUGCGAUCAAUGCUUCAUUUAUAUCUUAUGUGAUCUAUUUGCCCUAUUUUAACUCCUGUCUAAACCCUGUGAUCUAUGUCUUGUUCUACCCCUGGUUUAAAAAAGCUAUUACUCAAAUUGUUACGUUUAAGAUUCUGCAGUCUGGUUCCAGUGAGGCCAACAUACUGUAGGGAGGCUGUGGAGUGACUGAAAUACGAUCUGCUUGCUAAAUUUAAACAUGUGGUUCAGUGAGUGAAUUCAUAAAUCCAAAUAAUGAAAAGAUGCACAUAAAGAGAUGGAUGAAAUGCAUUUUAUGUGUAAUUCUGCUGAAUGUCAGCUUCACAUAACCUGUGAAGAAUGUUUUCAUUUUUUAAGUAAUGGUGAUCAUAAUUAUUAGUGUUGCUAGUAAAACGUGGCUGUAUUAUGACACUUGCUGGCUGACGCAGAUAUCAAACCUGUGUCUUUUCAGUUCCUGGACUGUCUGUAGCUCUCAUGGGAAGUCCUGUCUCAGACAUUCAGCUUGUGAUUAGACACAAGGGUGUAGUUUUCUACUGCUGUGUGUAUUCUUUAUUCUGUUGCUGUUGUCAUUUUAUCAUAAGCACCAUGCACUGGCAUCAUCCAGUUUCAUCCAUUAAGUUGUGAAUUAACAAACAUGAUGCACAUAUUAAUUCAUAAUUAAGUCUUUUGUCUCAGGAAACCGUUUACUUUGUAAUAGUAAGAAGUGCAACACAACAGCACUUCUACUGUUAUUUAUAUUGUGGCUGUUGUAUCCAGAUUCUCACAUGCUUUAUAGGUAUCAAAAUCCACAAGGUUGACUGUGUGGUUAUUAAACUGAAAUUAAUUGAAUUCAAUAAGCAUUAUGAAACAAAACAAAGGGAAAUGGAUUGUAUUAAAAUUCCCAUAAAAAUAAACACAAUGUAGAACAUA